AAAAGCUAAGAUGUCUCAGUUGAAAAAGCGAAUUCAUCUUUUCAACUGUGAUAACACAUACAAGCUAGAGCCUGUUGAAAAAUUGCUGGAGAAAUUUGGUAUCCAUGUUGAGCGUGUUGAGAAGCACUAUUUCAGACUUCCUAAAAUGUCUGAAAUGGUCGACAAAAUUCCCACCCUAGAGAUGGAUAUGGCCUUCUUCGUAGUUCAUGCACAUGAAUGUGUACUCUCGAUAAACGAGGACGACGUGGGAAUUGGCUACGCCAAAAUAUACAGAUCUUUACUACAAGCAACAGGUGGAGAUGUCAUCAUCAUUAUCGGGGGAGAUAACAAAUACAAGGGCGAAGACGAAGAGGAACGUGAGGUUAUUUCACGUUGGGCGAAGAGGAAAGUUUCCUCACAGUUUGGCGAAGAGUGUCUUGAUGGUAGAAAGAGCUUCAUAUUUUCUUGGAACAAACAACAUCGAGUGAUUCACGAACAAGCUCUGCGGCAUCACUUUGACCCAAACAAGAAAGGACAAAAGUUCCAUUAUCAGCGGCAAUUUCCACACCAAGAAUCAAAACCUGGACCUGAAUUGCGAGCAACAUUAACUGAGUUAGGAAUCCCGCAGGGACCAAAAACCCAAAAGUCCCCUACAUGCACACUCAAAAGUUCCUCGCGUCGAGAUGAAGCCACCUCAGCGAUAGAAGCGGUAAAAGGAAGGCAGACUGGUACCUACGGUAUUGGCGUCAACAAUACUGAGUGCGGUGGCAGACACAGGAGGUUGGUAGAACCUUCACUCAAUAAUCAGAGUAAUUGUGCUGGAGAAACCCUGCCGUCAGUUUCUGGAGGAAUCAAAGAUUUGGCAAUUCUUGGCUGUAAUGUGUCACGUGAGUCCUUAGAAGAUGCGAAAAAAGUUUUUAACAAACUUCGUCCCAGCCUUCACUUCUCAGAAGUACCUUUUGUUGACAACCUUCAAAGUACGAAAGUCGAAGUAUUUCUGAGGGACAAUCACUUCAUACUCUCUGUGCUGGUCAUGGACGGUUCUACAACGAGUGAUUCUUAUGACAAACAAAGAUGGAUGGAAUGUCAACGACUUGUAGAAAAUAUAAAGGAUAAAGUUGCCCUGAGGGUCAUCCUCUUGAUUUGCUAUCGCAACCCUUUUAAUUCAUCCGUGAAAGGCGACAGUACAUACAAUGAUUUCAUCGCACGAAUCAGCAGAAUAGAAAAGGCUUUUGUUGCGGAGGUGAACAAUGGAGAGCUGGCCGUCGAUGAAGAUAUCAUGGUCGAACUAUUGACGCCUUCAGUGACAGCAUCCAUAACAAAUAUACAGAUGGUUCGGUCAAGAGGCUCUCUAGAAAUGGAGGCAAACGCUGCACAUACGUCAAGAGAAGUGUCUCUAAAAAGAUAUUCUUCAGAAAGGAAAAGCAUCCAUGAAAAAGUCGCUCAAAAUCCCCCGCAGCUGGUAUGGGCGUCACAAUUCUCAGUUAAAUCCCCUCCCGUUGUUUUACUGAGAGGUUUCGCUCGUUAUGGAAAGAUACCUGAUAGGUAUCAGAUAGGUGACCUUCAAAUAUGGGAUCCCGAAUUUAAAAUUCCCGCUCACAUGCAAGAGAAGCUGCUUGCAAACCUCCGCAACACACCUUUGAUUGGAGUGCUUGUCAUUAAGCACAGUGAUGGCACAAUUGAGUGUUUCACUGAUCCAAACUUAAGAGAAUUUUCGUUGGACGGGGAAAUACAGCUAGCUGCCGAUGAACAACUGAUAUUGAAAACUCGUGUUUGCAACGGAGAGGUGUCUUUUGAAGAGGCUGAUGUACAGUUUAAGUAUGGAAACAAAUGUAUCCCUCAACACAUUAUCAGUGAUUUUAAAGCUCUAGAUAAAAAGCGUAAUGGUGACCUGUACAUUAUUUCAGAUAACUCAGGCAAUUUUCGAUGUGUAGUGAAAAGUCCAAAUAAUUUAAAAAAAGUAGCAAGAACGGCAAAGGAAGGUUUUCAACCACUGUCGACGAAUAAAUGGUAUAUAAUUGUUUAA